AAGACCCCUGCAUUAAAUGGUCCGCAAGCAAGGAAAGCCCCCACAAUGUUUCCAAUGGCAAGAUUCUUAGCACACAGCACAAUCAAAAGCAAUUCCACUCUUUCCCCUUAACAGAUUUGCUUAAUCACAAAAAAGCCACAUCUGGCUUUAUUCAGAUCAGUGGAUUGAUAGAUCGUGGCUUACAGAGCCAGUUUGGUCUAGUGGUUAAGGCACCAGGCUAGAAACCAGGAGACUGGAAGUGCUAGUUCUACCUUAGGCAUGAAAUCAGCUAGGUGACUUUGGGCCACUCACUCACUCACUCACUCUCUCAGCCCAAUAGACUUGUUAAGGGCAAAAUAGGAGGAUUAAAUAUUGAACUUUUCACAUUGAUAAGUAACUCUUGCUCGCUCUGAUGGAAGUUCAAAGGCUGCCACCUUUUCACUUUCCCCGACUUCACCAUCCCCAAGCAUCUUAGACUACGUUUCCUGUAACCCCCGGCCCACAAGUUGUCAGGCCUGUAUGUAGCACAGUCAUUGGCGAGAGCUUCAGCCUCCUCCCGGCCAUUUGCAGAAUGCAAGACCAUCGGCUUCUUCCAUACAGGCAGCUGCGGAAAUCUAAAUUACCCAAGGAAGCGGUUAGGAGGAAUCGCUGGUUAGGCUGCUCCAUAUAAGGCCAAGGCACUCGCCCGCCGAGCCUCUCGCCCCGUCUGUCACCAGGUGGGAGAAAAAAAAACAACAAACCCACAAAACCACACACAGACCCAUAGAGACAGAGACAAAAACGUCGCAAUCCUCCUCGCGGCCUGUAGAGGGAGCUGCUGCCACUGCAGUCAACUGCUUCGCCCAGGAGAAACCUCGGACUUGGAACCUUCGCUUCGCUUUCGGUGUCCGCCUCUCAGUCCGCCCAAAACCCCGAGCGGUUUUCUCACGGCUAGCCGAAGCGACGGAGAGUAUGUGCAAGGGCUGGAGCGAAUGGGGAGAGGCGGCGGGCAGCGGAAAGCCGCGGCGGGAGUGACCGCGGAGCACGUCCUUCUGGGUUUCUCCAGUCCUUCAGGGUCCACCUUCGGCGAGGGAGCCCCCCGCCGCAGCCCUGACUUACCUUGUUUGUCCGCCGGUAGGCGCGUCCAAGCAGACCGACUGUGUCUUGAAGAGGCGGGGGGAGCGAAAGAGAGCCCCGCAGAAGCCGCGAGGAGGCUCUUUGCAUUCCGCCCGCUUUCUCCGCGCUUGUCCCUCACCCCCACCGGCUAUGCGCCAGGCUGGGCUCUGCCGCCCAGCCGAAAUCUGAAAAGCAGAAGGGGACGCAUCGACGAGCCUCUCGGUUGCUAAGCCUGUUUGGGAAGAGGUGUGUUCAUCAUGGCCCAAGGAUCCAGUGAGAUGGAUACUGCUGAGCAAGAGGACAGUUCUCCAAAUAUGAUUGUUUACCGUAAGAUAGAAGAUAUCAUAACAAGAAUGCAGGAUGACAAAACAGGUGGAGUGCCCAUUCGCACGGUCAAGAGCUUUCUGUCGAAAAUCCCUAGUGUUGUCACAGGAGCUGACAUAGUACAGUGGCUUAUGAAGAAUCUCAGUAUUGAAGAUCUAGCUGAAUCAAUACAUAUGGGAAGUCUCAUUGCAGCACAAGGAUAUAUUUUUCCAAUUUCCGAUCACGUGCUGACUUUAAAGGAUGAUGGGACUUUUUAUCGGUUUCAAGCUCCAUAUUUCUGGCCAUCAAAUUGUUGGGAACCAGAAAACACGGACUAUGCCAUCUAUCUUUGCAAGAGGACCAUGCAGAAUAAAGCUAGACUGGAACUGGCAGAUUAUGAAGCAGAGAACUUAGCAAGACUUCAGAGAGCUUUUGCCAGAAAGUGGGAAUUCAUCUUUAUGCAAGCUGAAGCACAAGUCAAAAUUGACAGAAAAAAGGAUAAGACAGAAAGGAAGAUUCUGGAUAGUCAAGAAAGAGCUUUCUGGGAUGUUCAUAGGCCAGUGCCGGGCUGUGUGAAUACAACAGAGAUGGACAUCAGAAAAUGUCGGAGAAUGAAGAAUCCACAGAGGGUCAAAAAGUCAGUUUAUGGAGUUACAGAAGACAGUCAGUCCCAAAGUCCUGCACAUGUACCUUCCCAGCCAAUUCGCAAAACAACAAAAGAUGACGUCCGAAAGCAAAUAUUAUUUCUGAACGUUCAGAUAGACAGGCAUUGUUUAAAAAUGUCUAAAGUAGCAGAAAGUUUAAUUGCUUAUUCAGAGCAGUACACUGAUUAUGAUCCCUUUAUAACUCCUGUGGAACCUUCCAAUCCCUGGAUAAAUGAUGACAGUAUAUUUUGGGACUUAGAAACAAGCAAAGAGCCUUCGCAGCAUCGGGUCAAGAGAUGGGGCUUCUCUAUAGAUGAGGUGUUGAAAGAUCCUGUGGGGCGUGAUCAGUUUCUUCGAUUUUUGGAAUCAGAAUUCAGUUCUGAAAACCUCAGGUUUUGGCUGGCUGUCCAGGAUCUCAAAAAACAAACGCUGCAAGAUGUCGCAACCCGAGUAGAAGACAUUUGGCAGGAGUUCCUUGCUCCUGGGGCCCAGAGUGCCAUCAACCUGGACUCUCACAGCUAUGAAAUAACAAGCCAAAACGUCAAAGACCCCGGGAGGUACACAUAUGAAGAUGCACAGGAACAUAUUUACAAGCUGAUGAAGAGUGACAGCUAUGCACGUUUCCUCCGUUCCAAUGCUUACCAAGACUUGUUGCUGGCAAAGAAGAAGCCCGAGAACGAGCAAGCGCGUAGAACUUCCCUAGAAAAGUUCACUCGCAGUAUGGGAAAGUCACUGGCAGGCAAGCGUCUCACAGGCUUGAUGCAAUCUUCUUGACAGCAUCGGCUGGGCUAGCAGUUGCUGACAUCUCCGAAAGACCGCUGCACUCCACCUCCUCCUCCUCGGCCAAGGAAAG